AUGCAGGCACCUUCUGAGACUCUGAAUGGUCCAGAUAUAGCGGAUCAAGGUGAAAGCAUAUCUCUUGAUGCGUCUCAUAAUGGAGAACAAGCCAUCAAAGAGCUGGAAAGUCAGACUCGAGAUGGUGAUAUAAACAUGGAAGCCCCAGACGCAGAGGAUAUUGACGAAGGGGCCCAAAACGGAGGCGUUCAGCAUAAUGAAGACACUGAGUCGAACACUGAUACGAAAAAAACUGCGCUGGGGUCUUCGGAAAGAGCCUUCAAAGGCGACUGGAACUUUGUCGAACUAUACAAUGAACAUGUUGAAGACUUCUUCAGUAUGAAAUACGCGGAAAUACCGAAACGGCGCUGUAAAAGAAGCCUUCAAGAUAGCAAGAUCACAACUGAGAGGGCAUAUUAUAGACCUCAAAAAAUUCUGAGGGUCGAAGAGGAAGAUCCAGACUAUCUCGACCAAGUGAAGCGAGAAGAAGCCGAAUUUCAUGAAUUAAGUGUGGGUACUUUGUGGACAGGUGAAGAAAAGGAGGUGUUCUUUAAAUGUUUGGCUCGAUUCACAAUUCAUAGAGUGGACGAGUUUCUUCAAUAUCUCCCUCAUAAAAGCAUAGGAGAGAUAAUAGCAUAUUAUGAACUACUUGAACGUGAACUACGAUCGUAUCGAUCACAGCAAAGUCAUACAGUUCAGAUCAAGGACAAAUCAUUGCAUGAUUCUAAAGUGCUACGACACAAAUAUGAUAUCGUUACCGUACCAGGAGGGAUCAGCCACACAGAUCUACCUAUUGCAUAUGAGAUGAGUGAAGAAUGGAUUGAUUUCGAGGAAGACCAGAGUAUCCUCAUAGCAGACAGGGAAAGGCGUCUCGAUAUUGACAGGGGCAAACAAGAGACAAAAUUAAUGAAGGAGUAUGUGGGUAAGAAGCGUGGGGAAGAAACCCCAACCGAGGACUCGUCAACGCCGCUCAUUGACGUCAACAAUGCAUUCAAGGUGGGUAAAAUCUACCGAGGCAACCAAAUCACGAUGAUUCAGGAUCGGAAACAAGCGCCCCGCCUCUUGUUCCAAUCCUUGGUUUACCUUGAGGAGAUCACUUAUCUUGUCACAAAACGAAUUAUUGCAUCCCUCGUGUCGAACAAGGGUUUUAGCAAUCCUGCUGAUGAAAUCGGAAUCAAGGUUAUGCCUUCGGAUAUCUGGAAUGCCGUGCGGGAUUCUAGGAUUUGCGAAGCGCCGAAAUCAGGAAUGGCGGUUGAGAGAAUUUGGAAAGGCGGUGUACUUGAAGGAUACUGGGAGGGCUUACCAUUGUCGUUGCGCCUUGUUACUGAUAAUCCUUCCGUCUUGACAGCAACAAAAACAGAGGUUCAAACGGCGCCCAGCGAUCUCCAUGGCGUGUUUCUAACCUCUGAACUGCGCAAUUUGGAUACCUAUCCUGACGCAUUGGUUGAAGAAGGUGCUUACGGUAAACUUCUUGAUGAGGAUGGCGAAGAGGUCACAGAAAGCUACCGGGAUUCUGAAGAAUCAGAUAAUGAGGAAGAGUCAUUCGAAAAUUUGCUGUCAUCGCCCACGACAAUGCAACCACAAUUAGGCACACCGCAAGCGAUAGUGGUCCCUCUUGAGCCGAGAAUAACCGAGCAAAGCGCUGUCAAUAUGCAUAAGAACGCCACGGAUAUCGUUAUUGACGAUGUGCUUAUCGACAGGGAGACAAAGGCGCUAGAAGAGCAUGAUGAAGCCAAACAUGAAGCAUUGAAUCAAGCACAAGCGGGGGAUUAUGAGGGUUUUUCGGGAAGCAUAGCCCAGUUGAGUGACAGACUUGAUUCGACUGGUAGCAAUGGUUCGGAAUUAAUUCAGGACGAAACCGAUGGUGAGGAAGAAGAGAUAUUCUACCUGGCUGGUUUACAGGAUGCUUGGAACCGCCAUUAA